CCGCUCGCCUCGCUGUCUCGUGGCUGCGCUCCCGCCUCCGCCCGCCGCCCCGCGCCCCCGCCGCCCCGGCUCCGUGUCUCUCCGUGCCUGCGCCCCCCGGUCCCAGCGCCGCGCUGCGCUUCCCCCGCCGGCCGCCCCCGCAGCCUAUGGCCCUUGAAGGCGCCGCUGCCGCCGCCUGUGUUUCUGCCGUAGGUUCCCACAUCCCUCUUUAAAAAUUCCGCCUAAAAAGAGAAGACGAUUUACCAAAUCUUUCGGGCCGUUAUCUCACGGCAAAAUCUCUGAUCAAGUUUACAACUAUCCAGAGGGCUUAGGAGAAGUGCUUUAUAGAGAACAGUUCGACUUCAACGCUGAGCCACCUUGGGAACCUAGCUGAUGAUAGUAGGGUUCCAUCUCCUAACUUGUCCAUUUUGUUGCAUAAUUUGAGGACCCGGAUAUAAGGCUUGGAAGCCCAUCCCCUGUGUUUCUUGGUUUAUGACUGUCGGCUUUGUGGAAUACGGCUGAGAUGAAAGGAUUUCUUGAGGAUGCAAAUUACUGCAUUGGCCUGUUGGAUGAAGGAGCAACUCUUGCAGAUGUUAUUGACAACUGUAUUUAUGAACAUACUCAUACUGGAAAGAGAGCAUUUUAUGUUGGUGAUCUUGGAAAGCUUGUAAAGAAGAACAUACAAUGGCAGAAUGUGAUGGCACCAAUAAAGCCAUUUUAUCCUGUAAGAUGCAAUUCUACUCCAGGUGUACUUGAAAUUUUGGGAACCCUUGGUGUUGGAUUUGCAUGUUUCAGUAAAUGUGAAAUGGCAUUGGUACAAGACCUGGGCAUUUCUCCUGAAAACAUUAUAUAUACAAAUCCUUGCAAGCAAGCUUCUCAGAUAAAGUAUGCAGCAAAAGCUGGGAUAAACGUCAUGACUUGUGACAAUGAUAUUGAGCUGAAGAAAAUUGCACGUAACCAUCCAAAUGCUAAGCUCUUACUGCACAUUGCCACAGAAGACAUCACUGCUGAUGAGGAGAUGAAUAUGAAGUUUGGCACCACCCUGAAGAACUGUAGGCACCUCAUGGAAUGUGCUAAGGAGCUGGGAGUCCAAAUAGUUGGUGUUAAAUUUCAUAUUUCAGGCUCUUGCAAGGAGCUGCAAACGUACAUUCAUGCUAUAUCUGAUGCUCGGUGUGUGUUUGACAUGGCUGAAGAAUUUGGCUUUAAGAUGAACAUGUUGGAUAUUGGUGGGGGCUUCACAGGUUCAGAACUUCAGCUGGAAGAGGUUAAUCAUGUCAUCAGGCCAUUGCUGGAUGUCUACUUUCCUAAGGAAUCUGGUGUUAAUGUGAUUGCAGAGCCUGGAUGUUACUACGUCUCAUCUGCAUUUACACUAGCAGUCAACAUCAUUGCAAAGAAGACUACUGAGUAUGAUAAACUUCUUCCUUCUGGAGUGGAGCAAGCCAGGAAUGAUGAUGAACCAGUAUUUACCUAUUACAUAAAUGAUGGUGUUUAUGGUUCUUUUGCAAGUAAAUUGUCUGAGAAACUGAAUACUGUCCCAGAGGUUCACAAGAAAUACAAGGAAGAUGAGCCUCUGUUCACAAGCAGCCUUUGGGGUCCAUCCUGUGAUGAGCUUGAUCAAAUUGUGGAAAACUGUCUUCUUCCUGAGCUGAGCGUUGGAGAUUGGCUGAUCUUUGAUAAUAUGGGUUCUGGUACCUUGGGUGAACAGUCUGCCUUUAACGACUAUCAGAGGCCACUGAUUUACUACAUGAUGUCUUUCAGUGACUGGGAUGAGAUGCAAGAUACUGGAAUUACUUCAGACACAUUGAUGAAGAACUUCUUCUUUGUGCCUUCUUGCAUUCAGCUGAGCCCAGAAGACCGCUUUUCCACUGCAGCUUAAACAGGCAUUAACGCUUCAUUUAGACCUGCAGUUGCAAGUCUGUAGUUUGCCUGGUCAACAUUCCAGUGUGGAAGAAAUGGAACAAUCUUGAACACAAUUCAUUCUCUUCAAAACUUGAAAAAAUAGUAAUAGCUAAUGGGGACCAGGCAAAACAAGCUACAGCUACAAUUCACCAUGGGGUGGGAGGGUUAGGUAAUGGUGUCCAAAUUUAAAAUCAAGUUCAUUCAACCCCUGAGCGUUAAAAUAUGCAACAAAAUGGAUGACUUAGUGGAGAUGGAAACCCAUCACUUGGGUUCUUCAACAGUUUACAUACAAGUACACAGUUUUUAUACUAAGGAUUCCUGUUAGAAAAGUCUUGUAAAGUUAUUGUCUUUUGCCCAGAUAUAUCAAAUGUCAUUGGGAGACCAGUGUGACUUCAUUAGAUGUUUAGUGUAUUUAGAAUGUGUAAAUUUGUGCUUUGAACUGUAGUUUAAUAAAUGUAAAAUUGCAUCAUAGUAUUUGUUGUAUUUGACCAUUGAUGUAUUCCUUGUAUGAUUGCAAUAAAACUUUGUGUAGAUUUUAAUGUUUUUCAGGCUAACUUUGGGAGGAGCUAGGCAGAAGAGGUAGCUAUGAAAUAGAUGUAUACAUCUUUGUUUGAGAAGCCUUCUUUUCUCUAGCCCAUUAUUUGAGCCUUGUAUCAAACCAUAAAUAAUUGAAGCUUCAUAAACCUGCGCGACUUGAAAGUCAUGUAGGCUUCUGGAAGGCUAAAAGGCAAUUUUGGGGUGUUCUUAGAAAUGACCUUAGAUUCAGUGUUUAACAUUAAACAGCAACCUGCAGUAGUUGUAGAUGUACACAAGGAGGGGCAGUCUUUUCACUAGUGUGCAUGUAGUGCCUCCGAGGCAGCAUGAGUUAAUCCACCUCCAAGUUGUCACAGUACCUUUAGCACUUUUUUUGGUGGUGUUAUCAGAAAGUCUAGCUUUUGAUGUUGGCUUGUCCUGUGUAGUGCUGAUGUCUAAGGGAAGGGCUACAAGAGUCUUCAGCAACCUUGAUGUGUGCUCUUGCGCUGCACCUAAUUUAAGUAUAUCCACACAGUAAAGGUAAAGCACAUUACAAGAAGUAUGUCUGCCAACUGCAUCUAGUACCUGGAACUGCUAAAAUCUUCAGAGGAUUUCCUUAUGUUAUGAAGUCUCUUAUUUUUUUAUGGUCUAUUUCUUACUUUCUCAUUUUAACUUCCUCUUCUUAAACUGGGGAGAGAGGGAGGAGAGGUGUUAGGGCUUUGAAAUGGUGAAUUACGUUCUGGAACCUGCAGUCAAAGAGGACUUUCUAACUCUUUAGUUGGAGGUAAAAUGUCUAAUGUUUGGUUGCAAGCAUUAUUUUACAUGAGUGCUAGCUAGUAGGUAAUAUUAAUUUCUGGUUUAUUUCAUAGAACUUGAACUUUUAUUUGAAAGUGAAGUCUCAAUUCGAUCUCAUCAGAACAUUUUACAGGCUGGCUAAAAGAGGUACAAAAUGGCCUAUGCCUCGAGGAUGCACUCUAAGAAAUGUUUAUUUACUGGGAUUAAAUGUGGAAGCAGGAAAGGGGAGUAAAUCAUACUGAGAAAGCUGGGUUUUUUUCUUGGUUUUCCUAUUUUCUUUAAAGCUAAAGUAGCCAUCCUACUGUUUCAGGAAGUGCUGGGCAUUUCAGUCUAGCAGUUGAAUCUAGCAAUUUCUCUAGACAAAAUGUAGGUGGCUGCCUGGUUUCUGACUAAAUACAAAUUACAGUUGCUUAAGACAAUAGGAUUCUGUUACACAGUCUUAGGGAAGUUGGUUUAUGUUAACUAACAGAUCAGUGGGAAAAAAGUUUGUCUCCAAAUGAUACAGUGGUCAGAGCAGAAAUACUGCACAGAAGACAGUUUGCCAUUAAAACAACCUGGAGUUCGAAUGCAGCAUGUACCUUAAAUUUCAUUUGCUAAGUGUUUCUGUUAUAUUGUAAAUGCAAUUCAGAAUUUUGCUCCAACUACAAAAGCAAGUGUUUCCUCUUCAGUACUUGGAACUGAUGUAGCUGUGUCCUGCCCAACACCUCUGUGACUCCUCUCGUUGGCUGAGGCCAGUGCUCGAGUAGCCCUGCUGGUACAGCUGGCUGUAGUAGCUGGAAGUUUUUAUGCUGUUCUGUGCAACUAGUGGUUUUGUGUAUAAAAUAAUUGCUCAUUGUGUACGCUUGCUGUGGCCUGAAGUACUUCCCUGAUAUAGCCCCCUCCAGCGCAUGCCAUUUCCCAAGGAAGAUCCAGGGCCGCAACCUGAAACAACGCUGUUACUAGUGAUGCCAGUCAUUCCUCAGGAACGGGAGAAAACAAUUCUACCUUGUCCUUGUGUGUGUCAGCAGCUGCGCAACUGGCUUACAUUGGCUCACAAUAAAAGUUGUUGCCCUGGAUCCACCAUUGGAUGUGUAGCCACGUCGUAUCUACUUUUCAUUGCUGCUUUGGGGGGCAGUG